UCAUGUCUCAUUUUCGACAUGAAUUUACGCUUCCAUUUCAUAGAUAAAGGCGAUUUCCAUGUUGACUAAGUUUUAAUGGUUGUGUGGUGUGUUUUUUCAGUUUACUUCUGAUCUCGAAGUUAUUUUUGACUAACUAAAAAUGGCCGAAUAUCUGGCCUCAAUUUUCGGUACAGAGAAAGAUAAAGUAAACUGCUCGUUCUAUUUCAAAAUCGGCGCUUGCCGACAUGGGGACCGAUGUUCUAGAAUCCAUAACAAACCAACAUUCUCGCAAACCUGUUUGCUGCAGAAUUUAUACGUAAAUCCACAAAAUUCUGCCAAAUCUGCGGACGGCAGUCACUUGGUUGCCAACGUAUCCGACGAAGAGAUGCAGGAGCAUUACGACAAUUUUUUUGAAGACGUUUUUGUCGAAUGCGAAGACAAAUAUGGAGAAAUCGAGGAAAUGAACGUUUGUGACAACUUGGGUGACCAUUUAGUGGGAAAUGUCUACAUUAAGUUUCGAAAAGAAGAAGACGCAGAACGUGCGGUGAACGAUUUGAAUAAUCGCUGGUUUGGCGGACGGCCUGUUUAUGCAGAGCUGAGUCCUGUAACGGACUUCAGAGAAGCUUGCUGCCGCCAGUACGAAAUGGGUGAAUGCACCAGGUCUGGAUUUUGCAAUUUCAUGCAUCUGAAGCCCAUUUCAAGAGAGUUGCGAAGGUACCUUUACGCGCGAAGAAAAUUAGGACGUGGAGGUGGCGGCGGUGGAGGCGGCGGAGGAGGUGGAGGCGGUGGCGGUGGCGGACCUAGAGGACGUUCGCGUUCAAGAUCACCCAAGCGCGCACGCUCCCGCUCUAGGGGAAGAGGAAAUAGCAGGUCGCCUGCACGCAGAUCCGGCAGAAGUGGUAGAUACUAAGUGUAGCCUUGCGCACACAUGAUUUUGUUUCAUGAAUUUACUCCACAUUUAACUGUACUCUUAUUAUUCCUAUACGAAAUUUUUUUUGGUAUCAUAGGUUUGACUACUAUUAUUAAUGAUGUGAAUAAGUGUAAUACAACAGAUGGAGUGCAA